GCUUCCCUCACCCGCUCCCCAGGCCGAAGCUGUGGGCAAUUGGCAAAGCCAGCGCCAAGCCUUGCCGCGGCCAUGCCUCCUGCCCUGUUCCUGUGCCCCCUCCUCCUGGCCUGCGCCCUGGGCCCGGCCCUGGCCCACCUGCCCAACGGCACCACCGGCCUGGCGGCCACGGGCCCCCUCCCGGCCCUGCUGGCCCACCUGCGCAGGCUGACGGGGGCCGUGACGGGGGGCGGCGGCGGGGGCAGCGGGGGCAGCGGGCCCAGCAACGGGACCUCGGGGGGCGGGGGGCAGGCGGCCCGGGCGCCCCUGCCCGCGGAGCUGUGCCACGGCUACUACGAUGUCAUGGGCCAGUACGACGCCACCUUCAACUGCAGCACCGGCUCCUUCCGCUUCUGCUGCGGCACCUGCUACUACCGCUUCUGCUGCGAGCACCGCCACAUGCGCCUGGCGCAGGCCUCCUGCUCCAACUACGACACCCCGGUCUGGGCGUACACCCCCCAGCCCUCCGACGCCGGGGGCCCCGGGGCGGGCGGCAACGGCGGGGGGCCCGGGCCCGGCCAGCCAGGCUGGCUGGAUGGGAACCAGGGGCGGGGCCGAGCGGAGGGGCGACGGGGCGCAGGCGAGGCGGGCAGCACGGCCUACGUGGUGUGCGGCGUCAUCAGCUUCGCUCUGGCCGUGGGCGUGGGCGCCAAGGUGGCCUUCAGCAAAGCCUCCCGGGCUCCCCGGGCUCACCGGGAGAUCAACGUGCCCAGGGCCCUGGUGGAUAUCCUGAGGCACCAGGCGGGCCCCACCACCCGUCCUGACCGGGCAAGGAGCAGUUCCUUGACCCCAGGCCUGGGAGGACCCGACAGCAUCCCGCCCCGUCCCCCCAAAAACCUCUAUAAUCCCGUCAAGGCCUCCAACCACGACACCUUGCAUCAUAAUUACAUCCACCUCAACGUCAACAGCCCCAAACAUCACGCUGCCACCCUGGACUGGCGGGCCCAACCCCCGCCCAGCCCGGCCCUCCAUUAUUCCACCCUCUCCUGCUCGAGGUCCUUCCACAACCUCUCCCACCUGCCCCCUUCCUACGAGGCGGCCGUCAAGUCGGAGCUCAGCCGCUACUCUUCCCUCAAGAGGCUUGCCGAGAAGGACCUGGACGACGCCUACAUGAAGCGGAGGCACAUGGCCGAGCUGCCCCGCGGGACGCUGCCCCUGCACGCCAUGCGCCGGCCGGGCACGGGGGGCGGCGGCUACGGCGGGGCCGGGGAAGGCUGGGGCAGCCCCGAGGAGCCGGCCCCGAUGCCCAACCCCCGCCGCGUCAUGUCGCAGGAGCACCUGCUGUCGGACAGCGGCCGCGCGCACUACGAGUUCACGCUGCCCCGGGCCCGCCUGGUCUCCCAGGAGCGCCUGCUGCUCUCCUCCCCCGAGGCCCUCCAGAGCCAGGAGCGGCUCCUGUCCCCGCCCCGGAGCCCCGCCCCGCCCCCGGACCCGCCCCGAGGGGGCCUGGCGGCCUCCCACACCAACCUGCUGCUGGGCCCCGGGCCCCCCACGCCCCUGCACGGCCUGCCCCCGCCCCUGCACGCCCACCACGCCCACCACGCCCACCACCUGCGCCUGUCCCCCGCGGCCUGGGGGGGCCUGGGGCCCGAGGCGGGGGGCGGGGGGGGCACGCUGGCCCGGCGCCCGCCCUUCCAGCACCAGGGCGGCCUGGAGACGCUGCAGUUCAUCCCCGGGCACCACCACCCGCAGCACCUGCGCACGGCCAGCAAGAAUGAGGUGACGGUCUGAGGGCCCCAAGCCGGCCCUCCCGGAGGCGCCCGCGCGAGGCUCCGCCAGGCCGCCGGGGGCCUCGCCUCUGGGGCAGCGCCCCGCCCCUCUCCCCGUGCCCCCGGUGGUCGCCUUCCCGUGACAUCACUGCCAGAGCCUUCGCCCCUUCCCCGUGUUCCUCUCCCCGAGGCCCCGUGCCCCGAGGUGCCAGAGGCCUCACCCCCCCCCUCCGCUAGCGCCGGUGCCCGCGGCGCCUCCUCCCGGGGGACGCGGCCCCUCCUCGACGUCAUCUGCAGAUCUCCACCCCUCCCCGCUCCACCGCGCCCAUCCCUGCGACGCCGUUCCCGGCAGCCCCUGCCUGCGGAGCCUUCUCCCCCGUGGCUCCGAGCCUCCUGGGAGGCGACCCGGACAAGCGGGGUCAGCAGGAGACUGGCCGAGCCCCCCUGCGUCCCUCCGGGCCCUCCCCUGCCGUGACGUCAUUCCCAGAGGCCCCUCCCCCCGUUCCUUCCGGUGUUUUGGCCUGAGGACUCCCACCGCCCCCAGAGAGAGGGAACUCGCGGCCAUCCCGCGGUGGGGCGCGGGGGAGCCCGGCCCUUAGCGCGGCCCUCCGGGCCCCGGCUCAGGCCUUUCUCCCUGAGGGUCCUGGCCGGAAGAGCCACCUCCCGCAAAGGAGCCAGGGAAGGCGGCAGCUGGAAGCCCCGACGGCCGCCCGUCUGGGUCCGCCCCGGCCGCCGCCUCCCGCCCGAAGGGG